AUGUCCGGCGCAAGAGGCUGCUUUAACUGUGGAGGCUGUGCGUUGUCGUCGUCGUCGUCGUCCCCCACGUAUUCUAUCCCCCUUCCCCCUACUCUCCUUCCACCCCGUUUCCCCCCUACGUACGCUCUACCUACCGGGGACGUUUCGCUGACGAUGUUUCUGCUCUGCUUUCCCCCCCUCCUUACCCGCUGUCGCUGUCGCCGUGGUCGUGGUCGUGCAAUACACCGUUUCCCCCACACAUGCUCGGCCACCAAGCUGCGAACUGCCCCAAGGCGGGCACCCCAACCUGCUACAACUGUAUGCCCCGCCCAAAUUCCUGUGGAGACGAUGACGCUGAUGGUGGUCAUGACAGGCGGCCUAGAGGGCCAUGUGUCGCGCGACUGCACGAUGGAGGCGAAGCCCAAAGCGUGCUACAAGUGUGGCCAGGACGGACACAUCGUGCGUGAUCCUUUUUCUCCCCCCUCCCGUCUCCCCCUUCUUUCCCCUUACCCUCGUCAUCGGCGCCUGUGUGAGCGCUCCCUUUCGUGUUUAUCCACCUUGAUUACUUCCCCACCACCAUUCCGUGCCUUUUUUGUUUCGUUUGCUAUUCACUUACCCACUUUGCAGUCGCGCGAGUGUCCCGAGAACACCGCAUCCGGCGGGGGCUUCUCCUCUGGCGGUGGCGGGCGCGCAGGGACCGAGUGCUACCGUUGCGGCAAAACUGGGCACAUCGCCCGCGCAUGUCCCGAGGCCGGCGCCAGCGGGGGCUAUGGCUCCAGCGGAGGCUAUGGAGGCGGUCAUGCCGGCGGAGGCUAUGGCGGCAAAACGUGCUACACCUGUGGCGGAGUCGGCCACUUGAGCCGGGACUGCGUCCAGGGCAGCAAGUGCUACAACUGCGGCGAUGUGGGCCACAUCAGCCGCGACUGCCCCCAGGCACAACGUCGCGCGUGCUACACGUGCGGCAGCGAAGGCCACAUCUCGCGCGACUGUCCCAACGGCGCGACCACCGCCGACGCCUGAGCGCGCCGUUCUUGUUUCUCGUGCCUCAUAAAAGAGAUGCUAGGUAA